UUAACAAUUAAUGAAACAACUGGAACAGCAUCUGAAUAAAUACUUAGCACAAAACAUGAAUUAUGACUGUUAUUUACGUAUGUAGUGCUGCAAUGCAUGCUAGGAGGCAUGUGUUGCCUAUUAACCCAAAUAAAUAAACAAUUAAGCCACAUCCAGAUUGGAUUGUCUAAUGGCAGUCUUAUGGCGCCACUGCUAAAUAAAGUGUAACCAAAUACCAUAAUUACCAAUUAAUGAAACAACUGGAACAGUAACUGAAUAAAUAAUUAGCACAGGACAUGAAAUUUGAUUUUUACAUCUGUAGCGCUGCAAUGCAUGCUAGGAGGCAUGUUGGACAACAACAAUGUUGAAGGCAGGUGCCAGAAGAGGUUGACUGUCUUCCCCAAGGGAGCAGUGAUGGCCAAAUGAAGCCUCUUGAGGAAAUAAAGCUUUGCAGCCAAUUGGUUCAACGCUUCAUGGUGGUUUUUGGUCUGAUGACUGUCGUAUGAUGCCGCUGUCAAAUAAAGCGUUACCGGUUAAUAUCUUUUGGUGUAAAUAUCUCAUAAUACAGUGAGGACAGCUGAGGCCUAUUGUCCAUUGGGGCUUAUCUAUGAACAAAUGCCGUUUUCAUGUGACAUUUGGUGGAUGGUAGUAUCGGGUAGAGAAAAUGGAUUGAGGGAUAAGAGAACAUAAGUUCAUUGCGGAAUAAGAGAGCCAAUACCAGGGGCGCUGGAUGUCACUCACAGCAGGGGGUGCUAAGGAGUUCUUUUAGUUUUUCCCAUCCCAAAACAGCCAUUUUGGUCCACAUUUGUCAUGCUCGCGCGUUUUCUCCAUACAAGGCGUGCCCAAUGGCAAUUUCGCUGUUUUUGUAAGGGAAAAAAUUGCUAAUUCGUUUUUGUGCCAUGUUAACGCCUCCUCUGUCAACAGUUUACUUUUCCGUUCCAAUAGCGCCUUAUUCAACGUGACCCGGUAACAAGCAAGGUGUCAAAUGGUGGUAUUAACAAAAAAAAAAAACUCUUGCAAUACUUAUAUGUAAUCCUCAAAGUUAAAUAUGCUAUUGUUUCAAUGUUUUAUUAAUUUAUUUUCAACAACAAAAAAAGAACGUACCGAAACACGUUUUUUCCCCCUCUUCAACACCAGGGGGUGCCGCAGAACCCUCUGCAACCCACUAAGUGCCGGCCAACAAACGCCUUCAAAGAGAAUGUAGAAGCCUUAUGCCUUUGUACAAGGGCUGGUCACAGCGUAGCACAGCCGUUAUGCUUAUUGACCAUUAGAUGUCUCCAAACCCAGAUGCUUGGGAUUUGUUAUAUGAGUAGACCAUUUCCUUUCAUGGUGCACAAAUUAAAUAAACAAUAAAUGAUCGAAAAAUAAUGAAUUAUAAACUCAUUACAUACCUCAUUCACUGUGCAGAAGCUGUGUGCCUUUGUUGUUAUUUUGAGCUAGAACCACUGUUUGAGUCAUAUGUGAUAUGGCAGUGGCUUAUUGGCACUUGCACUUGAUCCAAAAAAAUGAUGUUUACAUUAUUUUGAUUUCAACAAUAGAUAUAGUGGUGCAAUAUAGGCACUUUUUUCAUAACUACAAUUGAAGUCGUUCUUAUUUUUCACAGAGUGUUUAUUGGAAAACCUUGAAGUUGUACAUUUAUCAUUAUCAAAUUAUUUAGUGGGGCAUCACAAUACAAUAAGCCAUAAUAUGUAAAGUCCACGACCGUAUAUAUCGGUAUCGGUUUGAUAUCAGUAUCGGAUUUUGGGAGUUGGUUAGUUGGGAAUUAAAAAGUCAUUAUCGGACAACUCUACUUACACUUUGUGUGUGUGUGAAACGAUCUGCAGUUGGGCAUGGGCAUUAAAUUUGUUUGAAGUGGUGAUAUGGCAGUGCUUUAUUGGCAUUUUGCACUUGCACUUGAGCCAAAAAACUGAUGUUUGCACUACCAUAUUGGCCCGAAUAUAAGAUGGUGUUUUUUGCAUCGUAAUAAGACUGAAAAAGUGGGGGUCGUCUCAUAUUCGCGGUCUAGACAUAAUACCCAUUCACGACGCUAGAUUGCGCCAGAUAUCAUUGAAGUGAUGUUCUGUCAUGACAGAUCUCACCUAGUCUCAAGUUUAACCAUUUUGCAUUGUUUUAUUGCAGUUUUUCCUUAUUCAGAUUUGUUUCAAGACUACAGUUAUAGUCAGACUUCACUUUGAUGGUUAAUGCAGUUAUUGCAAUUUUGUUGUUUUAUCACAAUGGAUUGAUUUAUUUACAUUUGAAAAACCAGAAGCCACUCAUUUAUGAAUGUGAUUGCACUUUAGUUUACAUAUUAUUUACAUAUUAAUAAUUAAUUUGCAUAUCUCUCAAAUAUAUUGUUAUAAUCAUUUUUUUCAGAUGUAAUAAUUUUCUGUAUAAAAAUUAAUUUGGUGUUCAAAAAGUCUUUUUUCAAACUUGAGUCUUGAAAAAGAGGGGGUCGUCUUAUAAUCAGGGCCAAUACAGUAUUUUGAUUUCAACAAUAAAUAUAGUGGUGCAAUAUAGACACUGUUUCCGUAACUUUAGUUGAAGUUGUUGGCUUAUUUUUCACAGAAUAUUUAUUUGGAAAAUCUUGAAGUUGUUACAUUUAUCAUUAUUAAAGCAUCCAGUGGGGUAUCACAGUACAAUUAGCAACAACACGCUAAGUGCAUAUAUAACAGUAUCGGUUUGAUAUCGGUAUCAGAUUUUUGGAGUUGGACAAUAUCAGAAUAUCGGUUAAAAAGUUAUUAUCGGACAACCCUAGUUACCAUUUUAACGCUCCUGUCUGCCUCACCCGGGCAACCGUUUUCAGGCGCUAAUUUAAGCACGACCCGACGACAUUCCUCUUCGGCCAUUCCACCUUUCCAAGAAGCGGCGUCUAUUUUAGCAGCGCUCAGGAAAUAGAGGCGGUUAUCCGUGUCACGCCGCGGGAUUACCGGCGUAUUUCGGAGCCCUGCGCGGGCGGGGGGGAGAGGGAUUUGAGCGUGUGGUGUGGACGUGCUUUGCUGCAGCACGGUUAGCUUUGCUUUGUGUGUAGCGCAGAGCAGAGGGGAGGGGUUGAGUGAGCUGCAGGGACAAGAGAGAGAGAGCGAGGAAGAGCGUGAGGCAGGCUGAGGACGAGGGAUGUCAGACGCACGCGAGGUCGCUUCACCGCACAACGCCCGGAACAUUUUAGGAGUCAUUUAAUGAUCCUCUUCGGUGCUUUUUGGUCAGCAAUCAAAGCGAGGGAAAACACAGGGAGGGGCUUUUUGGGAUUACUUCAUCGCCGCCGGGAAAUGAAAGAUGCCAGAGCGCCCGGUGACACAGCUCCUGCCUGAUUGGCUACGCUCUACCUCCGAAGCCGCCCAAACCCGCCCCCGUCACUAACAACGUUCAGAACAACAGCAUGGCGCUGCAGGACGCCGAAUGGUACUGGGGAGACAUCUCCCGCGAGGAGGUCAACGAGAAGUUGCGGGACACGGCGGACGGUACUUUUCUGGUGCGCGACGCCUCCACCAAGAUGCACGGCGACUAUACGCUAACACUGAGGAAAGGCGGCAACAAUAAGCUCAUCAAGAUAUUCCACCGCGACGGCAAGUACGGCUUCUCAGACCCGCUCACUUUCAGCUCCGUGGUGGAGCUCAUCAACCACUACCGCAACGAGUCGUUGGCGCAGUACAACCCGAAGUUGGAUGUCAAGCUGCUCUACCCGGUCUCCAAGCACCAGCAGGAUCAAGUGGUGAAAGAGGACAACAUCGAAGCCGUGGGCAGGAAACUCUGCGAGUACCACCAACAGUACCAGGAGAAAAACAAGGAGUACGACCGUCUGUAUGAGGAGUACACCAGAACUUCUCAGGAAAUCCAAAUGAAGAGGACCGCCAUCGAGGCGUUCAACGAAACCAUCAAAAUCUUCGAGGAGCAGUGUCAAACGCAAGAGCGGUACAGCAAGGAGUACAUCGAGAAGUUCAGGAGGGAAGGCAACGAUAAGGAGAUCCAGAGGAUCAUGGGCAAUUACGAGAAGCUCAAGUCGAGGAUUAGCGAGAUCGUGGACAGCAAGAGCCGCCUGGAGGAGGACCUGAAGAAGCAGGCGGCCGACUACCGUGAGAUCGACAAGCGGAUGAACAGCAUCAAGCCAGAUCUCAUCCAGCUGCGCAAGACCAGAGACCAGUACCUCAUGUGGUUGACCCAAAAGGGCGUCCGGCAGAAGAAGCUCAACGAGUGGCUAGGAAUCAAGAACGACAACACCGAAGAUCAAUACUCUAUGGUGGACGACGACGAAGACCUGCCCCAUCACGACGAGCGCUCCUGGAAGCUUGGCAACAUCAACCGGUUGCAGGCCGAGGCCCUCCUCCAGGGCAAGCGAGACGGAACAUUCCUAGUGCGGGAGAGCAGCAAGGCCGGAUGCUACGCCUGCAGCGUCGUCGUGGACGGCGAGGUGAAGCACUGCGUCAUCAACAAGACGCCGUCGGGCUUCGGUUUUGCCGAGCCGUACAACCUUUACGGCUCCCUGAAGGAACUGGUCCUCCACUACCAGCACACCUCCCUGGUGCAGCACAACGACUCUCUGAAUGUGACGCUCGCGUACCCCGUCUACGCUCAGCAGAGACGGUGAGGCGACUCGGCGGGUCCCAGGUGCUAGAAAGGAGGGGAACCACCUAAAGACCGAAUGUACUUUUGAUCCUCUCUCAAGCGUUUGCGCCCCCCGCUGGCCAGUCGGACCCCUUGCCCGAGGUCACUUUUUCCUAAAACUCUCAAAAGAGCGGUGACGCAAACCUAACCUUUUUUUUUUUUGUGUGUGUGUGUGUUUGCGUAUGUGUGUGAGUGACUGCGUGAGGGCUGCCAGUUAUUGGGAUAGUCGACGUAAUCGUUGAUUAUUGUUGCGACGAGUUAACUAAUUGGAUCGUAUGUAAAUUCAUGUUUUUUUUUUUCUUGCCGUCAUUGUUUUUCAAAGCAAAAUCCUAUACAGGUAGUCCCCGAGUGAUCAAUAUGUAAAUUUUGUAGAUAAAAUUACACUAAUUUGCCUGACAAAAGUCCGCUAGCUUAAAUGCUACAAAUGCUAACGUAGUUACAAUUCUUAUAGCAAAUCGCUCACAUGUAACUCCACAAACUGUAGCUGUAAACUUAAUUACAAAUGCAUACACAAACAUAUAUUAGCUGAAACAACUUACAGCCUCAUGUGGGCCAAAUCAGAGCGCAGCUAUCUUUUAUCCAUGUCAGACGUGUUAGCUGCUCAGUCAUACAAGGCGACAGUCCAGCCGGACCCAACACUGCCACCAGAGGGCAGUGCAUCCUCUAUUAUUAAACAAAAUACAAUACUUUUGGACUUCUUGGGGUCGUUAAAGGGUUCAGUUCGACUUAUGCGGAAAUUCAGUUUACAUCGCCAGCGUAGGAACGGGACUCGUUCGUAACCUGGGGACUACCUGAAUAGUAAAUACAACAUUUUAUUUUUUUAAGUUUAAUUUUCAUAUUUUAAAAUUGAAUGGAAUUAAGAAUCUCUUUUUUGCAGAUAUUUGGAAAUAUACUGUAAAAAAUAAGUUGUUUUUUUUUAACUUUUUUUUUUUUUUCAUUCAUUCUUGCCAUUCUUACAAACUAAAUUAAAAUUAAAAUACUGAUUAAUUUUGUUUUCUUUAACUUGACUAAAAGAGAAGAAAUUGUUUCUUUUGUCUUAUUUUACAUAUAUCAAAAAUUAUCUAAGUACAAAUUAGACUGAAUAUUUUCCCCCCCCAUUUUUGUUUUUUUUUUUAUAAAACAAAAGCAAAUAUUUGCAAAUAUACUGCAAAAAUCUGCAUUUUUACAGAUUUUUCCCCCCUUUUUUUUAGCUUAUCUCUACUAAUAUUUUUCAAGUAAAAUUCAAAUGGAUUUUUCUCCUUUUGCUUUUUUAUAAUUGAAAUAGUCAUAUAAUAAACCCAAUUCACACCCAGUUCCUAAGAAAAUAUCAAAUACUUUUGAGUUCAUCACAGGUAGACGUCCCUGCCAACCCUCCUACUUCAAACAAAUUGGACAUCUACCACUAUCAAUGACCUCAAAUUACUUCAAAAGCCUAAAAAAAACAUCAUUUAUACAAUUUUCAACCCCACAUUGUCUCAAAAUGAUGAACCAAUUAUCAAAUAAUAGUUCUCUACUAAUUGGAUUCAAUGUGGCAGCCCUAGACGUGUGAAAGGAAAGUGAGGAAAAAUUGUCCACGAGACCAAAACGAGUGUUAUGUGUGUGUGCGUGUGUGUAUACUCACUGGUAUGAACUGUCAAAUAAGCAGACGUGGAUCAGCUGAUCAAUGUAGCAUAAUGGCACUUUUUAAAGCCUUUUUUUUUUUUUUUUUGGUUCCUUUUGGACGAGUCCUAUGGACUUUUCGCAGGAGGCAGCGGAACAAUGAACCAAGUGCACCAAAGCGGACAAAAAAGAAAACCAACUAAAAAAAAAACAAAUGAAAACAAAACCAACAAAAAAAAAAAGUUCCAUUUGAGUUGAUUUUUGUUUAAUUUUCUGAUAUGCUAUGCAAUUCAGGGUUUCCCACAGAAAACUUGCAAAGCCUGGUGGCACACAAAGCCCUACAGUGUUUCUUAGAUCUAGUCAAAUCAUUAUCAAAAUUUGAGCGUUAAAGACUAGUUAACAGAUUAAUACGUCAGAUUAUUGCACUUAUUUCAAGUAAAUAUUGCUGUUUGUUCUUAUUAAGUCCAUGCAUCUAAAAGUUGGUCAUUUUUCACUCAAAUCAAGAAAAAUGCGCUUUCAAAUAAUGUUUUGAAGAAUAUCUUAUCUAUCGUCUAUCGUUUAUUUUCAAUGGGAAUUUUUUUCCCCCCAAAUCAACAGAAUAUGAUCAAAUAUCAAUAGGACGUGUCCCCCAAACUUCCCCAUUUCCAUUUACGCUUAUGAAGAGUGCCGCCAUUGACGGCCAUGGACGUCCAAAUUUCCCAUUUAUUUCUAAUGGCAUUUUAUCAUGUUUUUUCAUUUUAUUGAUGACAAUGUACUUCGAUUCCGUUGACAUCUAUGUAAGUUGAUACCAUUGACGUCCAUGGAUGUCCAAAUUUUUUCCCAUUCAUUUUCAAUGGCAAAAAAACAGUGUCCCCAAAUCAACAGGAAAUGACUAGAUAUCAAUAGGACGUGUACCCCAAAUGUCCCCGAUUGCAUUGACGCUUAUGGAGGGUGCUGCCAUUCACGAACAUGGACGUCCAAUUUUCCCAAUCAGUUUUAAUGGCUUUUACUUUUUUUAAUGCCAUUGACAAGCAUUAUUGUCCAUUCUAUUGAUAGACCUGAGUGGGGCGAAGAUCUGUAUCUCCACAGAGGAAAGACCCAGGUGUAAUUUCUCCCGAAAUUGCAGUUUCUAGUUGACUUACACUGAAAACAAGGGAAUUUAACUUUUUAACCCCUUCAGACCUGAGCAUGCUGCUGAAGGACAUGAUGCGUUCACGUCUCUAAACCAAUAAAUCCGUGUUGUUUUUGGCAGCCAUUUUAACGGAUCUGCGUCAUAUUUUAGUCAUUUCAAAAUGUGUUUUCGUCUAGUUUUAGUCGACGUUAACGCUGUAAAAUCUGAAAGUUUCCCUCCAUAAAAAAGUAAGAAAAUUAAGAAAAGUUAUAUCCGCCUGGAUGCCACAAACUGUAUGUAAAAAAAAUUUUUUUUUUAAAAAGUCUGAGAGUUUAGGAGGAAGCUCGUUGUUAACAAUAGCCUAAUGCUAACUUGAACGUGAAUGCUGUGCUAAUGCUACAAGUUACAUUUAGCACUCAGCAAAUACCUUUAUAGGCUAAAACAACACUGCAUUCUGAAGCUAAUGCUAACGCAGAUGCACGCUAACGCUAGGAGUUACAUUUAGCGUCUGAUUAUCACUCAGCACAGACCCUUAAAGACUAAAGCAACAUAUUCUCUCUUGCCACGAUAAGAAAACAAAUCUUAUCGUGUUUCCAAACAAGCAAUAUGGAGCGCAGCCUAGCUUGAGAUACAUCCUAAACUCCAGUGAGGAGGCAACACAUCUCACAUGAGUGACACGACCCAAACACUGCCACGAUGCAAGCUGACGUACUCCACGUACAAUAUGAAAACGUCACGCAUUGUGAAGCUAUGACAGAAACGUUUUCGUCUCAAUGAAAACUAGCAUUUGUCUCGUGACGUUUUAGUCUCCCAAGCCACGUUUUUAGCCCGUCAUAAUGAUGAAAAAAUUGUUCGUCGACGAAAUAUUUUCGUUAUCAACAUUGUUGACGAAAACAACACAGCUGGAAGUAAAAAAAUUUGCAUCAGGACAUGGUGCUGUGCUAGCUAGCUAGCACGCACAUGUUGCUCACAUAGCAUCAAGAGAAUAGCACGCUAGCAGAAAUCUACAACUCAUUCUGGGUGUGAUGUCAUCAUCAGUUUGUAGAUUAAGUCACUCACCGUAGUAUUUCAGAGCACCUUUAAAUGUAGAGUCUUACAAAAAUAGCAGACAGAUUUGUUCACAUAUCAACCUUUAGAUGUCGCCAUUGUGCUUUCAAACAUUUGACCAAAUACUGUUCCAAAAUCUAGCUUUUAUACAAAAACCAGGCGAAGGAAAAACUCUGACAGCCCGCCGGGCUUCUAAAGCACUGUGGGAAACCCUGCAAUUUGUUUGUUCUCACUCUGUUGCAAACCGCGAUAUAAGCUUGUGUAAAUAUCCACAAGGGUAUUUUUACCUACAAAUGCCGCCGACCUACCGUCAACGUAUGAUUUUGUUGUUGUUGUUGUUGUUGUUUUUUUAAAAAUAAUAAUAAUAGUCAGACUUUACUAUGAAAGACUGUAACGACGGUAAAAGAUAUUUUAUUAUUCCUGCGUUGCUUCAAACCGCUCCCCCCACCCCGUUCUCAGGCGGAACCUUCAGAAUGGUCCAGGCUGCUUCGCCAACACCGCAGUAUAGAUUUAUUUUCAUAGAAAUAUAUACGCAUAGAAAUAUAUAUACGUUCCCCCAACGUGAGAGACUGUUUUAAGAUUAACAUCCAUGAUUCACUGAAAUAUUUUUCUGUAUCAGAAAAUGAAAUGUGUACACCAGGUGCUUUCGUUCAUUUCAUCCAUCCGCCCGAUUUCACGCCGAUAUUAUUAACCCCUUCGGGGACAUCUGUUCGAAAGUUAGCGUUAGCUUAACUUGUUCACUGCCAGCCCCAGAUUGCGGAGUAUGUGCUGUGGUAGUUAUUUAAAAAAAAAAUUUUUUUAAGAAGGGAAAUUGAUAUUGAACUCGCUUGAUUGCUUUCUUGCCCAUGCCAGUUAAAGUCUAACUAAGCUAUGUUUGAUCAGAUAAUUAAAGGCGGGCCACACUUAUUUGAAUUUAUCUUCUCCCCCCCCCCCCAAUUUAUUAAAAUUGGUUGUUUUUUUAAAAUUAAUUUUUAAAAAAAUUUUAUUUCAUAAAUUAAAGAAUAUACUUUAAUUUUAUGAUGUAUGUAUAUUUUAUUAUCUGAAUUAUUAUUAUUUUUUAAUUAAUAUUAUUAUUAUAAUUAAGCAAAAUUAAUCAAAAAUUAAUUUUAUUUUUUCUAAUUGCAAUUUAUACAAGAUUUUUUUUCUGAAAUGGAUCCUUCAAUACAUUUUCACUAAGAUUAUAUUUUUUAAUUGCCCAUUGCAAAAUGUUAUUUUAAAAUUUGAGUUAAAAAAAAUAAUAAUAAUUUUCUUUUUGAAGUUUUUCCCCCCAAAUUGAUCUUUUGAUUAAUUUAUUUGAAAUUAUAUUUUUUAAUUGCCCAUUGAAAAAUUUUAUUUUAAAAUUUGAUUUUUUUUUUUAAUUUUUAAAAAUUUUCUUUAGGAAGUUUUUCCCCCAAAAUUGAUCUUUUGAUUAAUUUAUUUGAAAUGAUUAAAUAAAAAAAUUAAAAAACAUUGUACAGCCCAUCAAAUGCAUGUCAAACGGGGACCGCAAAAUGUUGUCCCGUGGACUACAAUUGGCCCUUGAGCCGAAGGUUUGAGAACCCUCUGUAAUAUGAAUGCAAAAAAAUCUGCGACUGGCAGUGAAUGAGUUAACAUUGACGGCGAUGGACAUCCAAUCCGUUGAUCUUCACGACACGGGACACGCAAAUUUCACAAAACGAAUUUAGGCUCCUAAGUGUGCCAUGUGACUUUUUUGUUUUGACUUUUUCAUCGAGCUGCUGAUGUAUGAUGAUUUUUGAAAUAUCGUUUCCUCAGUAUCAAGCACCGUUUUUUUGUUGUUGUUGUCGUUGUUUUGUUUUUUUGACUUUGUACGACGACGGGAAAUUUCCCGCUCGCUUUCGGUUAAUUGGUUUAACAGUGUUGCUUUCAAAAAUCUGUUCUGGCUUCCACUGAAAAAAAUAAAUAAAAGCCUUUGUUUUUAAAA